AUGGCGGCCUUGUCUGCUGCCAUCGGCAGUUGUCUAUCGUCGUCCAGCAACAUUAAUUUCGAGUGGAUUUGUGCUCUUUGCUUCAAAGAGUUGCAAGAGCAAGGUGACAGAAAUCUUAUUGAAGGAAAAAGUUCAUUUAAUGUUGUUGAUGAACUGAAUGAUUUGCCGUUUAAAGUGGUCUUAAAUUAUAAGUACAUUUGCAAGCGUUGUUUAAAUGCUCUGAAGAAACGAAAAGGUUACAAGACAAAGCUUGCUGAGACAGAUAAACAGUUGUUUAUUGAUUAUACGAACAAAUGCAACAGCGAAUUGAAGGUACAUCGGUCUACCGGUGAAGAUGACGACGGACAGCCACCGUUCAAGAAAAGUAGCAGAAACCAGAUGGGUGGAAACAAAGAGUUGGCACAUCAAAAAGUUCUGAAGUCCAUCGGUGUCCAGACAACUAAAUGUUUUCAACGGGAUUCGCCUCUUGAAAGGCCAGUUGAUGAGGGCACAAGAGUUUUUGUAAGAGCAGAAUGGCAAUCAGUCACCAAAGAAAAACAACUACCAGUACCAUUGGAAUCACUUGGUAAAAUGCUUGUUAGAGGGUCGUAUAAACAAAUUGCAGCUGCUGCUUGGAAGAGUGAAUCCUUAAAGCCAUACAUAAUCAGCCUGGUUUUGAAAUGUAUACACAAUGAAUGUGCCAGACUAACUGCCAGAAAAAACCCCAGUAUGAUGCGAAAACUGAAAGGUGAAGACAUAGUGAAAUUCAAAUUUGAAGACCUUAAUGAAGACAUUUUUGCUAGAGCACCGUUAUUCCAUGGUAUCUUGAAAACUGCAUCCAUGAGCAAACUUGAAAAUGCAAGUUACAAGACAACGAAUUACUCCAUACCAGCUGUAUGCAUGGCGGCUUCCAUUUGCAUGAAAGCACGCUCACCUCACGCAACUUUGAUGCAGUUGCUUGUGUCAUUGAUACUACAACAUUGCAGCUUAACGUCUGCAAUGGCACGUUUAAGGGCAGUUAAGCUCACAGUGUCACAUCCUUGCAUUACUAAAAAGUUGGAUGAGUUUGGAAAGAUGCAAGAAGAAUCAUUUUCUGCUUUGACACAAGGAGGAAAGGAGGAUGCUGUAUUCAAAAUGCAAACUCUACCAUCGAGUACAAUGAUCAAUCAAAAAAUUGUGUUUGAUAAUAUUGAUUAUCAACAGCAUGUCCAUUAUAUGAGUGAGAGUCAUCAAAAUCCUUUCUAUCAUUGGGUUUCAUAUAUGUCCACUGAAAAUCGAAUUAGUGCUAGUCAUUUGGUACAGAAUGAGCCACAAAAGUGUCUUGAUGAUAUGCCUAAUUCCAUGUUUCUUCCAAACAAAAUAGAUCAUUCAAAACAACGUCAAGAUUAUAUAUUUCUGACAGCAAGAUUGUGCACAGAAUAUAUUGAAUGCCUGAAGCCGCUUGGUGGUGUUGUCAGAAAACACAUGCCUCACAAGCAUUCUAAAGAAACAUUCAAUGCCACAAAAACAGUCUUUCAUGGUUGCAUCUAUGAAAAUGAAAAUGACGCAGAUGGAAUCAAAAGAGUAAUAGAAAAACUACAUAAAUUUACACCAUGUUCUGGAAAAGGUGAGGAAAAAGUAUAUUCAGAACAAGGCUUUGUUGGCGACCAGUUAUCAGUAGAGCGUGGGGUUAACUGUUUAUUGCAAGCAUCAAAUGGUUUUACUCAGGAAGAGCAGUUCACUGGUAUGCACUUUGAAGUUGGUGACUUUCAUGCAACGAUGAAAUUUUUGCAGGUUGGCUUUGAUUAUUUUUAUAAUGGAGCAGCUGCUUCAGAUCAAUGCACAAUGUUUGCUGACAGUAUAUAUAUAAAUCGCAGAAAUAUUGGCAGCAAAGUAAAGCAACGAUAUAGUGCUUGCAAAAGAUUUUUUCAAAUGGAAGUGCAGAGCAGAGUUAUUGCAGCAGCAAUGGAAAUACUUGGAAUAAAGUGCAUUGAUGAGAAACCAGACCAAAAUCACUUCCCGGCUAGUUUACUCAAUGAAAGUGCAAAAUGCAAAAAGGACUAUAUUGAGAAAUUAGCCACUAUUGUGGUUGAUACAUAUGUACUGAAACUUGACAAAUUUCAAGAGUUAUUCCAGAAGUCCUGCUUAGCCCAUAGCACUGCUGGUGAUGUGGUUGGCAUUAGCAAUAGAAGAUUCCAAUGCACUAAAACCUUUGCUAAUGGUGGUGAUGCCAGAAAAAAACAUGAAGCUUCUCAUGUUGAAGGCAUACCUGAUGAUGAUUGCUACAACUACCAAUUGGCAUUGAUGGAUUAUGGUAUGGUAGUUGAAAAUUUUAUUGAUGCCAUUUCAGAAGGAGAUGGUGAACGAAUUCUCCGUUGUUGGAAAUUUGUGCUGCUUUACCUAAAAGCUGAUGGUAAGCGAAGUUGUAAAUACAGCCUUGAAGCUUUCUACCUAAUAUGCCAAGCAUAUUGUCUUCUUUCUCCUUGUGCAGCCUACAAUCUUAUUUGGAAUCGCUUUGCAAAAAACCAAAAUGGCUAUGGUGGAAAUAUUCCCCUUGACCUUGCCCUUGAGCAGUACAACAGGAUAUUGAAAAAUGUUCUUCGCAUGUUAGGCCCAAAUGCAUCAAACUCAACUGCUGUUGAUCGCUAUUGCAAAGCAUUGUCAACUACGAAGAAAUUCAUAGAACAAUGGGAUUCAUCUUCUUCAUUCAUUUGCCAUUCUGGAAAACACAGAUCCAAACAUGCAUCUGAAGAUACAAAGAAGAUUAUAAAGCAUCUUAUGGAACACAGAGCCUUGAAGUUUACCUCAGGUCGCAAAUACAAACAUUACAACAAAAUAAAGCAAAGCAUAAUUACAGAUUUGGACAUGUCGGCUUUGUUUCAGUGGAUAAAUGAGCACAGAAGACUUGUGAAGGUUAAUAAAGCUGCACGUUAG